AUGGCUUCAUCAAGUUGGCGAUUGCUGAAAGGCAAAACGGCGUGCAUCACGGGAGGCACAACUGGAAUUGGCCUCAACCACCUCGGCCUCCCCAGCGACGAAAAACACAGACUCAGCCUCAUUGAAGAAGCGGAAAAGAUCAGAAAAGAUGCUCCUAAAGAUUCACCGACAGGCGAGUUGAUUGAGCUUGCAGGCGAUGUAACAGAUCCGAAUACUGGAAAGGGCCUCGUUGCUGCUGCAGUUAAGAAAUGGGGUGGACUUGAUGUCUUCAUCGCGAACGCCGGGAUUUUCAAACCAGCUGAGUUUCUCACACUCGAAAAGGAAGUCUUCGAUAAAACGCUACAUGUCAACGUCAAUGGCGCAUUCUACUCGUGCCAGGCUGCGGCAAACCAGAUGGUCAAACAAGGUCGCGGAGGAUCAAUCAUUGGUAUCUCAUCAAUCAGCGCUCUUCAAGGCGGUGGUCUACAGACUCACUACACGCCGACAAAGGCAGCCGUCCUGUCAAUGAUCCAAUCAAUGGCAGUAGCGCUUGCAAAGCACCGCAUCAGAUGCAACGCUCUGCUCCCGGGCACUAUUCAUACACAAUUGGCGGAGGAAGACAUGCAAAACGAGACGAAGCGCAAGUACCUUGAACAACGUAUUCCAAUGGGCGUGGGCAAGCCUCAUGACUUGGCUGGACCGGCGGUUUUCUUGGGUUGUGAGCAACUGAGUGGAUUCAUGACGGGAUCCCAGAUGUUGGUGGAUGGCGGUAUGUACAUGGGCGCUGAUGAUGAGGAAACUCAACGCUACUUUACCCGGGGUCGCCUCAGUCGUGGUCGCGGCCUCAGAAAUAGCACCGGCUGUGCAACAUGCCGCCGACGUCAUGUCAAAUGUGACGAGAGAAAACCUAUAUGUGGUGGAUGUGAAAGAACCAAGCACAAUUGUCUUUACACACCAAGGCGACCACCAAACAGGAAACGAUCCGGUCCUGUCGUCUCAGUCACCCCGAACAGUGGUACCCCGAAAUCCACGACUCCGCGAGAGACUCAAUCACCUCGAUCUCCCAGUCCGCCAAACUUCGAGUGUCCGCCUGUCAUCUGCGAUGAUGGGCCGGCUCCUCUACCAGCAGUCACACUUGGGGAGACACAUCUACCAAGCACAGCAAGCGCUGCAACUAUAGCACCAUCCAAUGACGAAGGCAUAGAUACUUCACAUGACACCAGUACCGGCGAUAGACCAGCUUUCGAGCAAGACUCUCCGGAACAAGUCGAUGCGUUAUGCACAGGCAUCACACCGCGAGGCACGGCACAAACCUCCAGUUCGUUCGGGGCAAACCUGGAGAACGCCACGGCCAUUUGGGUCGACCUACUUCUUCAAGAUGCGGCCAUGCAAGAAAUCGAUUUCACCAACGUCAACUUUGAAGAAGGCGUCGAUCUUUUUGCAAGCUCGGUCGUGCAAUCGCCUGCCGUGGGGCGGGGUCUACCAAAGACCAGUGGAGAAGGCCUCAGUCCUACGCCAUGCGCGUCUCAUCCCUACUUGCAUGAGAGAUCUCCGACGCUCGACGAAUACCAGUGCCUCGAGAAACAGGCUUGGCGGUCAGCGACUCCUCUUCCAAUCCAGUCCCAGGAACAUGCCAUCUUCCAAAACUUUGUGCAACACAUUAGUAGAUGGAUGCAUAAUACUGGGCUACUCAAUGCCGUGCUCGCCCUAUCUUCACGUCACCUCUCUCUAGGCAUAUACCCAGCCGGCACACAGACUCGAGACCCAAACGAUGCCCUACGAUACUACUACAAGACCCUUCACUACAUACAAGAGGCAAUGCAAUACGAUACUUACAAAACGAGCCUCGAACUCCUCGCGACCAGCGUCACUGUAUCGGCAUACGAGAUGCUUGAUGGCUCCAGACAGGAUUGGGAGAGACAUUUGAAAGGUGUGUUCUGGAUCCAACGCUCGCAAGUCAUACACGGCGAUUCCAUGGGCUUGAAGCAAGCUGUUUGGUGGGCAUGGUUAUGUCAGGAUGUCUGGGCCGCCUUUCGCGAGAAGCGUCGUCCUUUCACAUUCUGGCGCCCACUGAAAACAUUAGACGAUCUGGGCCCGUCUGAGUUAGCUGCGCGGUCAGUCUACUUCUUCGCUCAGGUGAUCGCAUUCUGCUCGCAUGAAGAGACCGAAGCGGGAAGAAACGACCCUCACGCAAGAAUCGCGGCGGCCGAUGCAUUAAGAGAAAUGCUGGAAAAUUGGAGACGGCACCUGACGGCCGAGUUCCAACCACUCCCAUUCCCAAGUUCUCCUGAUGACGUCUUUGAGCCGAUCUGGAUUAACCCUCCGGCAUUUGCGGUAGCUUUCCAGAUCUACUACUGUUCCCAUAUACUGCUUCUCAUGAACGUACCUAUUCUGGGCGGACUUGAGCAGUACACUCAGCAGCGCAAGCGUCUGAUGGAAUGCGUCAAAAAGGUGUGCGGUAUCGGCAUGACACUGUCAGACUAUCCUUCAAGUGUUUUGUGCUCUCAGGGUCUAUUUAUCGCCGGCAUACCUCUGGAGAAUAGCCGAGAACGGGAGUGCGUUCUCGAUCUACUAGAAGCCUGUCACAAUCGAUCAGGCUGGCCUGUAAAGCCACUCAGCGAGGAGCUGAAGCUCAGAUGGGAAGCUUCCGACGCCUAA